AUGAAGUUCUCGACUCUCUUCUCGCCGGUUGCUCUGGCUGCCCUGGUGCAGGCCCAGAGCAAAGGUACAGCCUUUGGUUUCGCUGCUGGAACCACUGGCGGAGGUACAGCCACUCCGGUCUAUCCCACUACCAAUGACCAGCUAGUUGGGUAUUUGACUGACUCUUCGGCUCGUGUGAUCAUGAUUGACCGUACUUUUGACUUCCGGUCCUCUGCGGGCACCACCACCACCAACUGCUGCAGUGAUGAUAGAACCACCAAGUGUCCUGGCGGAACGUCCCAAGGACAGCUUUGGAUCCAGGACACUUGCGACAGUGGUACCUGGGUGUCCUGCACUUAUAACAAUGCACCCAGGACCCCAAUUGACGUUAAGAGCAACAAGUCUCUUGUUGGUGUCGGAACCAAGGGUAUCAUCAGGGGCAAGGGCCUUCGUCUCCGCGGCGGCGUUAGCAAUAUCAUUAUUCAGAACAUUCAUUUCACAGAACUGAACCCUCAAUUCGUCUGGGGUGGCGAUGCCAUCACCCUUGAUGGCACUGACAAAGUGUGGAUCGACCACAAUAAGUUCUCGCUUAUAGGAAGGCAGAUGAUUGUUUCCGGCUGGGGAGCCGCUGGUCACGUCACCAUUUCGGACAACGAGUUUGAUGGCAGAUCUACAUGGUCAGCUGGUUGCAACGGCAAGCAUUACUGGACAGCCUUAUUGAUAGGCCUGAAGGACUGGUACACCCUCUCCGGCAACUAUUUCCAUGAUCUCUCUGGCCGCGCUCCUCACAUUGGAACAACCGCUACUGCUUCUGCGAUCGUAAUGCACGCCGUCAACAACUACUUUGAGAACAUUGGCGGUCAUGCUUUCGAUGUGGAUAACAACGUCGAUCUCCUGAUCGAAGGAAACUACUUCCAAACAGUGACCACUCCGAUCACGUCCGCCAGCUACACCAACGGCGGCCGCAUCUAUUAUAUCCAGACCGUCGCUGAAGCCUCGAACGCUUCAGGUCAGCUUGGCUAUAUCCCUGAGUGGAACCGGGGAUCCGGCUCAGGGACGAGUAGCACACUCGCCAACACCAAUGCUCUUUCUGUUCUGGGCCAGUACAAGAGCGCCAUUACGUGGAGUCACUGGGCUGUUGCUGAUGUCCCUGCUAACGUCAAGUCGAUUGCUGGAAUUGGGAAGAUCGGCAAUUAG